AUGGCCGACACACUGGAGGAGAACUACCUCUUGGACGAAAACGAUGCAGGUUCGGUGGUUGGUUCCGAUGAUGGAGCUGUCAGUAUCCAAGAUGAGCCCGAGCACUCGAAUAAUGACACCGCUGAAGGAUCAGCACCAUCACCACCUCAACCAAGCGCACAGGAGAUCAAGGAUGAGGCAGCUCGCAAAGAGGACAAAAAGCGCAAGCGUAAAGAGAAGGAUAAGGCUCGCAAGCAAAAGCGAGCGGCAUUAUCUGCCGACUUUGCGCAAGGUGUGGGCUCAGUAGCAACGCAGCCACCUGACAUGCAGGCCGACUAUAUCACCACCAAACAGACCGCCUCAUUUGCCAAGCUGAGCGAGCUCGAGUUGGAAGAGCUCCGUCUCCGUGAAAGUAUGCUUCUCGACACCACUGCAUUUGACCAGCCGCGCAUCCUUGAUACCCUCGCCACCUUUGUGCGCAAAUGCAUUCCUUCCGUAGCAAAGAGUAUCAACGACGCACAAGAUCCUACCCUCAGCCAACCAGGCCGUCCUGCACUCAUCAUGCUUACCGGUAACGCACAGCGUGCUGCCGAUCUUGCACGCAAUCUGCGUGCUCUCGGUCCUCAACUCCCGGCGUCGGCAGAAGGUGGCGACGACGAUCGAUCUGCGUUGGGAUCUUCAAAGAGGCGCAAGCUCGGCAAUGGCAAAGCUCAAGGCAAGGACGACAAGGGAGCAGCAGCAGCUGGCAAGAAAGGGGCAGCUGCCACGUCGAAGGACAGCAGAGCAUUGUUGGGCGGUUUCUCGGUAGCGAAGCUCUUUGCACGCCACUUCAAACUUAAGGAGCAUGAGGCGUGGCUGAAGGAACACACGGCACCAUUGGCUGCCGGUACACCACAACGUGUGGCAGCAUUGAUUGCUUCGGGAAGCUUGCGGCUCGACUCGCUUCAAGCUAUCCUUAUCGACCAGACUUGGGUCGAUGCCAAGCAGCGAAGCGUGUUUGACAGCUUCGAGACAAGAGACGAGUUGAUGAAGCUGUUGGCGCUUGAUGCGGUGAUGAGCUCUUUCAAGCGAUCCAAGUCGCCUACCAAGCUUGUUCUUUUCUGA